UACUACACAAAGUGUACUUGUAAAAUUUCCCCUUUCCCUUUUCCUGAUUUCUUCCUAUUUUUUUUUUCAAGAACGAAAAGAUCAAAUUUGAUGGAUGGGAAUACGAGGCGGUUACCGCCGUGGAUGCUCGCCGGCGCGUCAUCCGGUGUAGCGGCUACAGGCAAGGGCGAAAUAAAACAGGAAGCAGAAGCUCCGAAGACCAGGAAGAAUCGUAAGACUCGAAAAGAGAGAGAUGACUCGGACACAGAGGAAACCAAAAAGGUGGAGAUGAGGAGAAGAGGAGUUCGCAGGAAAAUCAAAGAAGAAGAGGCAAAGCCUAGUAUUGACGAUGGUAAGAGUCCAGAGAUUAUUCGAUCCGCAAAUUGUCCAGAUGAAGAUGAGGAGAAUCUCACAGUUGAUGAUUUAUUAAGCUUUGCUCAUGAGUACGUCAAAGGUGAAGAAGAAGAAGAGCAGGCAAAAGAGAUUAGAUUGAUUGAUGAUGUCAACGAUGAGUCAAAUAUGAGAUCAUCUGAAGGAGAAACAAAUGGAACCAGAGAUCCAACUUCAGAGGACAUGAUUAGUUUGCUGUUGGGUCCUUUUUUCAACAAAUCUUGAACUAAUUGAAACAUGGAUUGAAUCAGAUUUCGUUUUUUCUUUUA